ACAGAUAUGGAGACAUGGUUCCUAAAACCAUUGUAGGGAAGAUCGUUGGUUCUGUCUGUUCCCUGAGCGGUGUGUUGGUCAUCGCUCUGCCCGUGCCCGUCAUCGUGUCCAACUUCAGCCGCAUUUACCACCAGAGCCAGCGGGCAGACAAGAGACGCGCCCAAAAGGCAUCAAAGGCAGCAGGCCAGGCGCUGGUGUGCAAAGCCAACCCCAUGUUCGAUACGCACCACAAUCACCUAUUGCACUGCCUGGAAAAGACCACGAAUCAUGAGUUUGUGGAUGAGCAAACGUUUGAGACCAGCCUACUGGAGGUUUCCAUGGCGAAGCACCCGCAUCUCUCCCCCUCCCUCUCCUCUGGCUCCUCCUCCCAAGGCCUGUCGUGCUGCUCGCGACGCAACAAGAGGAAGAGCUUCAACGUGCCCAACUCCAACAUGACUGGAGGGCAUAGGAACAGCAUCCAGGAGCUUAGCACCAUCCACAUCAGAGAGAGACCCAUCACUAACAGUCGCUCCAGUCUAAACGCUAAGUUUGAGGAGACGGUGCCUCUGAACUGCAAGCAACCCUACAUCACGGCGGCCGUCAUCACGCUGCCUAUGCCGCCCGUCACCACGCCCGAGGACGACGACUCCGCCUCCUCCCCAGACUACUCCCAGGCCAACAUCGUCAGGGUGUCUGCCCUCUAGGCCCCUUGCCCCACCCACAACCAUCACCAUCAUGGUAGUCCUAAAACGGAGAGAGAGAGAGAAAGAGAUAGAUAGAGAAGCGAGACCCUUCCCAGCUCCAAUCAGAGAAGGGCGUUUGCAGGAGGGAAAGGGGUAAGGGGAGGUGUGGUGGUUUAGUGGGCUGCAGGACACUUUUUGUUUUCCUACACGGAGCUACUACACGUCUGCUCUUGUGGUGAAAUCACAUUGCAGUGUAAAGCUGCAGCACAAAGCCCCGCCUUGGAUUUGUUGGUGGGGGAGAGACUGUGUUGCCGUGGCGACUGAGAUUAGCGCCUAGCAACGGACACACAAAUGGAGAGCAUUUAGCCACCUGGCUAACUAACUAACUGCAGCUACUCCUUCCAAACACUCUUCAAGAGAGAACUUACCAUUACUAAUUUUUCUAUAUUGUGUGUCUUUAAAUGUGAUGUCUUAAAACUGGAAUGGGGGAGGUGGAAUUUGUUUUGUUUUUUAUUGUUCGUUAAGGCAGUGAUUUUGACUAGAGGAGAUGUAUAUUUGUAUGUUCUGAAAUGUGUGGAGUAGGAGAGAAAAGAAAAAGACAUUUAAAAUAUUUUGACAAAAAGGAGAGCAAGGGGUGUAUGCACUGUGUACAUAUGUUCCUACCUUAUCAGAACCAGAAUGUCUGGACAAGUCACCAAAAUGUCCUGACAAGGUAGGAAAACAAGAAAAUGUUUGAAAAGUCAGGACGGAAUUUGUUAAAAUCCAAUUUUAAGCUUAAGGGUUAGGUUUAUGGUUUGGGUUAGGUUUGGGGUUAAGUUUAAGGUUAGGAGUUAAGGUUUAGGGUUAGAGGUUUGGGCUUAAGGUUAAGGUUAGGUUAAGGGCAGAGUAUGUGAGUGGAGUGGAGUGGAGGAGUGGCCAAUUUGACUGAAGCUCAUCAUCCUUCUCGCCCGCUUCGAUUUCGCUCCAGUAGCGCUCACUUCAUGAGCUCAGGGCAUGCCCGGGCAAGCAUGCAUUUUUAUUUAAGCCCCUUACUUUAACUACUGUCAUGGAGUUCGUUCAAUAUUUUCUUAAAGAAACUGAUAAAACACACAGGUGCAAAAUCAAGGUGACUUACAAAGAUGAGGACCAAGAGCAAGAGAGGGAGUGUGGUGAUGUAACUAAAGAAUCCUUGUGGAAUCUGAAAAGAGACAUAUCUCGAAAGCAUGAUGGUGUACUUAUUACGGGCACAUGCUAAAAGAAAGGAACGAGGUGGGUGCUAAUUAAAGUGUGUCAUUGUAGCAAAGUAUUUAUCAACUAAAAAUCAGAUCUCUUAAAAGUUUACUUCAUUUUUGCUCUAUUAUCUAUACAACACAAUUGAUUUGUCCCAAUAGGCCUGGCAUAUUCCAACUUUCAAGGAGCUUUCUGUUUUGAUUGGCAUUUUUCAUUGAAUUUGUAUUUAAUUCUAAGUAAGUCACAGCCGAUAUGCACAAUUUAUAGACUAUGAUUUAAUACAACAAAAUAUUGUUUAAAUGCUGAGAGCUUAAUGUCCCUGACUCCCUACCAGCCUAGUGUGUAGCACUCGCUAAUGCUUCACAAUGUAUUUCUUUGUAAGCUAUAGCCUUGAAAUAAUUGAAAUAAUAUAGCAUAAGUAAUUCAUUUCCAUUCCUUCUUAGGCUCCAUGUCUGGCUCCUGACCUAUUUAGAAUAUGUACCAGUGUUGUAGUACUCGGGUCUCGAGUUCAUCGGUCUUGGAUACAUUUGUACUCGGCCUUGACUUGUUCUAGGACAGUGAGGACUCAUAAUUUCUUUCUGAGACCAGCGCAAUAAAAAAACUCAUAAUUAUCAGCUUCCAUUCAGUCAGCACAUAAAACCGCUUCACCAGGCCAAAUAUAUACACUCCUUUCUGGAAACACUAAGACAGUGUGUUAACAGUCUUUAUAUCUAUUAUAGACAUGUUUCUGCAGUGGUGAACCUAUAGAUCUUCAGUGUGUGACAGGUUAGUACAGUGGUGAACCUAUAGGUCUUCAGUGUGACAGGUUAGUACAGUGGUGAACCU